AUCUGAAAAUAUCAAAAUGCGUGCUUCAAUCAUCAUCGUCCUGGUUGCUCUGGCUGCUAUCGCUGCUGUUGAUGCUCGCAAGCUUAGAGGUCAAGGUGACCAACAAGGAGGUCCUCAGGGAGGUCCUCAGGGAGGUCCUCAAGGAGGUCCCCAGGGAGGUCCCCAGGGCGGUCCAUGGGGUCCUAACAACAGUUCUAGCACCAGCACCACCACCAGCACUACGGAAUCCAGCUCUGACAGCACAACCACAACUGAGGCCUCAACCUCAACAGUCGCUGCCGAUGAGACCACCACAGUCGCUGCAUAAAUUCCCAAACAUUCUUUAUUUUAUCAACCUACAGAAUAAUUAUAAUUUUUCAAAAAUUUGGAAUUUAUCGUACCAUUUGAAUAUUAAUAAAAAUUACUCUUGACUACACAUAAAACUUU